AUGAAUGUCAUAUACGUUCUGGCGACUUUCGUCAAGAACAUGUACAAUGCAGGUUUGAAUCAGCGGAGCCUCAUCACUCUGCCGUUCAACUUCCUACUCAACUUCGCACCCGUUUUCAUUUGGUUAUCCAUAUUCAAGCAUGCCGGCCUAAUACCCACUGAGAUCAGGCCCGAAAUUCACAGCAAGUUCGCAUUCUUUGCCGACCAAUUUCUUUUUGGCGACUACUGGAAUGAGCUGGCUGUCCAGUUACCCAAGAACGGUUCUAAGCUGGUUUUCUGGUCCUUCGUAUCGUCUUCUGCAUUUUUUCUAACAUUAGUCUGCCUCCCUAUCGCUAUUUGGUACUAUAUCUACUACGUCAAGCACGUGAACUAUAAUUUAGUUGAGUGGUUCUCAAACGUCUUCCAUUCUCCUCGUGAUCACAAGCAGCAAAAGCCUAUCCAUAAAAGUCUAAGGACUAUCUUCAUUCCGUUUGCCCUGCCUGUGUUUACAUUCAUAGUACUCAACUUUGACCAUUUCUUCGCCUUCCAAUCGGACGCAAACUUCACCAAGACUAAAGAUCUACUGGCCUGGUUCUCGUACGUCAUUCUACACUUGACCGCCCCCAUCUUGACCGCAGUAUACUUGUACGUUUUUCAACCACCAGGAACUAUGAAAUGCUUUGGUUUCGCUCUAGGGCUGCAAAACAUAGCAGGUGUCUUUACCCAUCUUCUCAUCCCCAUGGCUUCGCCAUGGUUUACCCAUUUAUACGGCAUUAACGACACUGAACACGUCAAUUACACCCAGGAAGGAUUUGCUGCUGGACUGAUAAGAGUGGACACACAUCUAGGUACGCAUUUGAACACCAAGGGGUUCCACAUGUCACCCAUCGUCUUCGGCGCCGUCCCUUCUUUGCAUUCCGCCAUUGCAUUCCAAUGCUUUCUAUUUUUGCUCUCACGGUCCACUAGCUUGAAACAUAGAUUCUCCAACACAAGAAAUUUAACGGUUAAUAACAUCGAUUCUUCUACCCUCAAGUUAAAUGAGGAAGACGACGAAGAUGACGCUGAUAACAACGCAGCGGGCAUGUUCCGUCCCGGUGACUUGGAGAUGGAACCAUUGAGUACCAUUGAGUCUACAGAUAUCUUGAAUGAACGAUCUCCCUCUCCCUCAUCUUCAUUUUCUGUAUCUAGCAGUGAACGAAGCCCUAGUAACAGUUCCAGCGCCGUUAUCAGUAAUGAUGGCCAUAAGAAAUCACUCCAGUUCGUCCAAUUAUAUGAAGAAGAUACAGAAUUUACAAACAAAUGGGUGUUCAAAAUGAUAAACAAGGGAUUAGUACCAAAACUCUGUGCAAUUUCAUAUAUUAUACUACAAUGGUGGGCCACCAUGUAUCUCGACCACCAUUAUCGAUUCGAUCUUUUUAUCGGAGUCUUAUAUGCAAUGGUAAGUUUUAUUAUUAUAAAUUGGUUUGUUUUACAGCCAAAAGUAUUAAAAAGUUGGAUUCACUUAAGGUUAGGUAACAAAGUGGAUACAAGAAACGAAGCUCGUACUUUCGGUAUGAGAGUCUUUUGUGGUACCAAGAUGGAAUGGUUCUUCGAUCCAUUGGCAUAG